GAAACGAGUACAGCACAAAAGGCCCCCAAGCAACCAGCCUAGCUAUCGCUACCUCUCUUGCUUGCUUGCUGCAAACCAUUAGUACUAUACCUCUUUGAUUCACGGCACACAGCAGCGAGAGUACACCUUAAGACGUGCGUACUCCGAUCCAAGCUCGUGUGCUUGCAAAGUUCCACAGCAAUGGAGGUUAAGAUUUUGAGCUCGAAGCUGGUAAAGCCUGCGUGCAGUCCCCAUGGCGGCGACACCACAGAAACAGAGUACAUCCCUCUGUCCAUCUUCGACAGGGUGACAUUCCAGAUGCAGAUGGCCAUCAUCUACGCCUUCGCGCCGCCCGCGCCGUCCACCGCCGCCAUCGAGAAGGGCCUUGCCGCCGUCCUGGGCCAGUACCGGGCCUUCGCGGGCCAGCUCGGCGAGUCACCCGACGGCAGCCCGGCCGUGAUCCUCAACGACCGGGGCGCGCGGCUCGUGGAGGCGUCGGUGGACGCGGACCUCGUGGACAUGGCGCCCGCCAAGCCCACGCCUGAGCUGCUGAAGCUGCACCCGGACCUCGAAGGCGAGCAGCCGCUCGAGGAGGUGGUGCUGCUGCAGCUCACCCGGUUCCGCUGCGGCUCCCUUGCCGUCGGCUUCACCUCUAACCACGUGGUCGCCGACGGCCACGCCACCAGCAACUUCCUCGUGGCGUGGGGCCGCGCCACCAGAGGACUCCCCAUGGGCCCGCCCCCCGUGCACCAUUACCACGGGCUCUUCAAGCCGCGCUCCUCGCCUCGCGUGGAGCACGACCACCGCCGCAGGGAGUACUACCUGCCGUCGCCCAACGACGUCGUGGGCCACCACGGGGACGCCGCCGACAGCAUCGUGAUCCACAAGGCCCACUUCACCAAGGACUUCAUCGCGGGGCUCCGGGCCAAGGUGUCGGAGGGCCGGGGCCGGCCGUUCAGCCGGUUCGAGGCCAUCCUGGCCCACCUGUGGCGCACCAUGACGCGCGCGCGCGGGCUCGGCCCCGAAGAGACCUCGGCGAUCCGGCUGUCCGUGGACGGGCGGCACCGGCUGGGGAAACCCGCAGAGUACUUCGGCAACAUGGUGCUCUGGGCGUUCCCGCGGUCCACGGUGGGCGACCUCCUGAGCCGGCCCCUGAAGCACGCAGCGCAGGUGAUCCACGACGAGGUGGCCAGGGUGGACGGCGCCUACUUCCAGUCCUUCGUCGACUUCGCGUGCUCCGGCGCCGUCCAGAAGGAGAAGCUCGCGCCCAGCGCCGUGCUCAAGGACGCGCAUUGCCCUGACGUGGAGGUGGACAGCUGGCUCACGUUCCCGUUCUACGAGCUGGACUUCGGGACGGGGAGCCCCAGCUACUUCAUGCCGUCCUACUUCCCCACGGAAGGGAUGCUCUUCCUGGCGCCGUCCUACAUCGGCGACGGCAGCGUCGACGCCUUCGUGCCCGUCUUCCAGCACAACCUCCAGGCGUUCAAAGAAUGCUGCUACUCCAUGGAGUAGUAGGUGCAGGUUCAGAUGGCGCGCGAACUAGGAAUCGAUCGGCCUGAGAGAAACAGUAGGCUGCAACGUUAAUUAAUCAAGACGGCGGCGGGAGUACUAGUACGAACUAUGUGCCAAGCCAACGCGGCGCGGUUGUUGGAUGUCGGGGUCGGUUUGGUUGAGGGGUGGUCGAGCCUUUUUUUUUCCUCUCUUGUUGUGACGCAGUUUGUAUAUGGCGUCAAUCGAUUUGAUUAUUUGAGGUGUGUACUUGAUCAUUUUCCUUUUGCCUGUGGAUGAGCAUCUCGAUCGGUUGGAUCGUGGACAUUUUCGUGUUUCAUCGUCUUUCGCACAUGUACGAAUUGCUACAUGCAUAGUAUGUCACGUCUGAGGUUUUCGGUUUA